CAUCCGAAAAAUAACAUGUACACAUGCGUCCAAAACUAUAAGGCAACCUACCAACAAGGUUGGUCACCAACAAAUCAAGCAAGACGCACACCUAAAAAAGGGGUUGGUCCAAAAACAAACAAGGCAAAACAAGCCAUCAGAGGGUGUUGCAAGAUGCACACACCAAAAGUUCAACAAAACAUACACAAGCCGUGGCUAAAGAAAUCAAAAAGUGAUCAAUUCAUAAGGAUAGAUGUUGUAGAGAAUCUUGUACACCACGUGCUUGAUCUUUGCUACAACAUCAUCUUCAGUCUUUGUAAUAUCAUCGAAGCGACAAGCAUUCCUAGUAAUGCCAAACCCAAUAAAUCGUCGCACAGAAAGACAAGCGAACUGUUUUUUAUUUGAUGAGUGCACCUCCAUGAUCCCUCCUAAUCCACUUUAUUGCUUUCUCCACGGUGGUCAUCUGUUUUGUAAUUCCAAUCUAGUCCCUAAUCCUCGUCCAGAUCCUGCACACAAAAGGACAAACAAAGAAAAGGUGUGGUGUUGUUUCCAAACCACCCUUACAAAGGUCACAACGGUUAACCAUAUUAAGAUAGGAAAGAUUAUCUUGUGUAGGUAACUGGUUCCGGAAAGCAAGCCAAACGGUGAAAGAAAAUUUAGGGGGAAUGUACCCCAUCCAAAUAAACGGAAUCCAAGGUCUAGUCGUGCCCUUAGUGCGCAAUAAAUCAUAAACCUUCGCCGAAAUGAGUUUGCCGUUGUUACACAUAUUGUUCAAAGCCAUAACAGCAUCGUUUGUGUUGUGAAAUUUUUGGCAGAUUCUAUUACGGAUAAGGCAAAGUUUCUUCAUAAGCUGGGAGUCCCGGUUGUGUGGGGAAAAAUCUCACACACUUUUUCAUUUAAGAUAAACUCCAUUAACCCAUCGGACCCAAAGGGAUGCAAUUUUAAAUACCCCAUAAAUUAUCUAAUAAACGAACUCGUAAAGUUACGCUAAUAAGAAAAUACCAAGAAAUUGGCCUAGAUAGAAUUAAAACAUAGAGAAAAUUCCAAAAAGACGUUCUUCAGUUUUAUUCAUUGAGUAGGACUUUAGAUCAACUCUAUACCUUUAAUAUAAAUAAAGGAGAAUUAAUGGGAAAAGGGUCAAAUAUGCACUCGAACUAACUUAAAAGUGCAAAUCAACUCUUAUAUAGGAGGCGAUGUGCGGCCGUCGUCAUUUGGGGCGGUUCCCGGUGGAAUUUUUUGAUGAAAUUUUUUAAGCAUCUUUUUCAUUAAGUCUAGUUUACUCAUACUAAAUUUCAGCUAAACAUACAAUCGAGAAGGCAGUCAAAUGAAUUUUUGAAGAUAACUGUGUAGUUAAACAACGCAUAACAUUUCAGAAAAUCAUUUGACUUUUUCCCGAUUGCAUUUUUAUCUGAAAUUUUGUAUGGAUAAACUAGACAUAAUCAAGAAGAUGCUAAAAAAAUUCAUCAAAAAAUUCUACCAAGAACCGGCCCAAAUGGCGAUGGCCGGACAGAACCUCUUAUAUAAGGGGUGAUUUGCACUUUUUAAGUUAGUUUGAGGGUCUAUUUGACCAUUUUCCCGAGAAUUAAUUGAUGCUCUUUCCUGUCUAUCCUCUCUCUUCCGAUCCACCGUGCCUCUCUCUUCUUCGUCACAUUUGCCGCGACACCGGAGCUCUUCUUCGCCGGAGAGUUAAUUGAUGCUCUUUCGCAUCUUACGAUUAAACAUAGAAACGAUCAUCUCUGAAAGAGCAAUACAAAUCGUUAACAAUGAAUCAGGCUUGACACAACUAUCAAUGGUCGUAUAGAUUCAUAUACUUCUAACAACAUAAAAAUAAGCUAAGUUUUCAAUCAACAGAUAAACCUAACAACAAAGACUUUAACAAGAAACCAAACAAUAAAAUAACAAUAACUAAUAAGAUAAAUUUCUCGAACCCUAGCCCCUCAUUUUACUAAUGGCAGUGGUUCGGGAGGAGGCCGGAUCAUUAGUACCGUUGUAAUUGAUCUUUCUAUCGCCGGUUAACCUUUGGUCCGCCAUAGCCAUCUCCUCGUUGUGUUUUCCCCACAUCCAUAUACUCAACCAAGUAUGUGGAUAGCCUUCUUGCUCCUUCACUAUGCAGUGCCGCCACACCACAGCUGCCUUGACCUCCCCUCCAUCCCACGCCAGCCGUGCCUUUACGAUAGCACCUCACAGGCCCCCAAAGAGAUCUUCAAAUUGCGGUAGCUAUGGACACCCCAAAGCAAAUCUCCAUCACCAUCGUUGACCUCCCAUCAUCCAAACGAAAAGAAAUCGACCCACUCCAGUGUUAUCGACAUCGAAGCAAUCGGCAAAACACGCGCAAAAAAGUACUCGUCGAACAAUUAGUCGGCACCAAACUGCAAACACUGGUGAGGGUUACCCGUUCGCAACUCCGAAGAGAGACAAAGUUGCGGCUCUCUCCAGUGAAAUUAGUGCCAUAUUUUGGUAUAUCAGAUUUCUCAUUACUUAUUAAUCUUGAUUGAAUAUUUGUAUAUAUUUAUUUCUAAUUAAUUUUGAAUUAGAAUGUGGCACAUUUUCAUUUUUUUUUGCGCUAAAUAAUCUAGGUUCGAACAUUGAACUCAAAAUAAUGUCAUUUUUUGCCUUACCUUUAUUAAUAUGGUAAUAUUACUCUUAUAAUGUUACGCUUUUUGCAAUCUGAAAAUAUCAUUUAUACUUCAAAAAACUAGAUGGAGUCAAGUUAGUAUGUAAGUAACAUUAUUACCAAACGUGAAUAUAUUCGAAUAGAAAAAAUAUUCUCUGCCUAAAAAAGUAACAUACGUAGCAUAAGCAAACAUAAUCCAAAUCUCCGGAAAACUGAUAUCUAAACUCUCCCAAGAUCCCACUUAAUUGGGAUUCCGAAAGAUUUUAGAUAUCAUGUUUUCCCGAGAUCCGAAUUGAGCAACUAUAUACGUAGUAUAUAGUACUAAUAGCCACGACCCACGGCAAACAAGAAAUUGUUGAUAAACCAUUUUAAAAC